AAAAUACUUGUCAAUUUCCGGCUGCUCAGCUGCAUUGCUGUUGCAGUUGAUAUCCGAAUAAUAUAGUUCUUGAUUCUUAUUAGAAAAUAGUUUCUUCCAUAAAACAUCAUGGGAGACUCCCUUGACGGGAGUGAAAAUGCCCCGGAGGCACAUAAUGUCGUCGUGGUUGAUUUCCAAGACUUUGCCAACUACCUGCGUCGGGCUGCAACGGUACUUCUACCGGAGGAUGACAUCGUUCCGCCGACGCUGAACGCCGCACUUGACGACAAAGUAAACCAAGACUGCAUUCGAAAGUUCAUCUGCGAUCCGCAGGUGUCUUCGUUGUAUGUACAGAGGUUUUCAUCCAAAGAAGAUGACAAUGAGCAGCCAACAGAAGGUGAAGAGGAGAAAGAAGCUGUCACCUAUCAAAUCAGCAAUGAGGUGCACUUCACAUCUCCCCGAGUAGCCGCAUUUGUCUGCAUCAAGAGAGGUGCAGUCAUCGAAGCUGACAAAUCCAUCCAUAGUCAGCUGCGCCUCAUCAAUCUGUCUGAUGGCUCCCCCUAUGAGACUCUCCAUGCCUUCAUCAGCAAGACUAUGGCUCCAUUCUUCAAGAGCUAUGUCAAGGAGAGUGGAAGAGCUGAUAGGGAUGGAGAUAAAAUGGCACCAUCUGUAGAGAAGAAGAUUGCAGAAUUGGAAAUGGGUCUCCUGCACCUGCAGCAGAACAUUGACAUCCCAGAGAUCACCCUGCCGGUGCAUCCUUUAGUGGCCGCUGUCAUAAAGAGAGCUGCUGACGAAGGUCGCAAACCACGCGUGGCUGACUUUGGUGAUAAAGUGGAAGACUCAACAUUCCUCAACCAACUGCAGAAUGGCGUCAACCGUUGGAUCAAGGAAAUCCAAAAAGUUACGAAGUUGGACAGAGACCCCUCGAAUGGAACGGCCCUUCAAGAAAUCUCAUUUUGGCUUAACCUCGAGAGAGCUCUUCAUCGCAUUCAGGAGAAAAGAGAGAGUAUUGAGGUGGCUCUUACCCUUGAGAUACUGAAGUACGGGAAACGUUUCCACGCCACAGUGUCAUUCGACACCGACACUGGUCUCAAGCAAGCUCUAGCGACGGUCUCAGACUACAACCCACUAAUGAAGGACUUCCCGAUCAAUGACCUGCUUAGUGCUACGGAAUUGGAGAGAAUUAGACUAGCAGUGCAACAGAUCUUCUCUCACCUGCGCAAGAUCCGCUCCACAAAGUACCCGAUACAGCGCGGCUUGAGACUCGUCGAAGCUAUCUCCCGUGACCUCUCACAGCAGCUAUUGAAGGUGCUAGGUACUCGGCGCCUCAUGCACAUUCCAUUCGAAGACUUCGAGCGCGUGAUGACGCAGUGCUUCGAGGUGUUCUCCUGCUGGGACGACGAGUACGAGAAGCUUCAAGGGCUACUGCGCGACAUAGUGAAGAAGAAGCGCGACGAGCACCUGAAGAUGGUGUGGCGCGUGUCCCCGUCGCAUAAGCGGCUGCAGGCGCGCAUGGAGCACAUGCGCCGCUUCCGCCGCCACCACGAGCAGCUGCGCACCGUCAUGCUCAGGGUGCUACGACCGCGCGCUACAGUGACCCCUGAAACAGGGGGUGGGGGGGAGCCCGCGCAGCCGCAUUCAUUGCCGAUGGACGCGGCCGAUGCCAACGCCAUCGCUGAGGUGAACUUUGCGUACGAGAACGUGAAAGAAGUCGAUUGCCUGGACAUCUCUCGCGAGGGCUGUGACGCCUGGGAAGCUGCUGUGCGCCGCUAUGAGGAUAGGAUUGACCGCGUGGAGACCCGCAUCACGGCGCACCUGCGCGACCAGCUGGGCACAGCUAAGAACGCCAACGAGAUGUUCCGUAUCUUCUCCCGGUUCAACGCCCUCUUCGUGCGCCCGCACAUCCGCGGCGCUAUACGCGAGUACCAGACGCAGCUGAUACAACGAGUUAAAGACGAUAUCGAGACGUUGCAUGAAAAGUUCAAGGUGCAAUACCCCCAAUCUAAAUGCAGUCGUCUGUCAUUGGUCCGCGACUUGCCGCCCGUAGCGGGCUCCAUCAUCUGGGCCAAACAGAUCGAUCAUCAGCUCACUGCUUAUCUGAAGAGGGUUGAGGAUGUUCUUGGUAAGGGCUGGGAGAACCAUAUCGAAGGUCAGAAACUCAAAGCCGACGGAGAUAGUUUCCGCCUGAAACUUGACACCCAAGAAGUUUUCGAUGAUUGGGCACGAAAGGUACAACAACGCAACCUCGGUGUGUCCGGGCGUAUCUUUGCUAUCGAGUCCGUUCGCGCCCGCUCCAGCAAGACUGGGACCAUACUGAAACUGAAAGUCAACUUUUUGCCAGAAAUCAUCACCCUGUAUAAGGAAGUGCGAAACUUAAAGAACCUUGGUUUUAGGGUUCCCCUAGCUAUUGUGAACAAAGCUCACCAGGCUAACCAACUGUAUCCAUUCGCUAUCUCACUCAUUGAGAGUGUGCGCACUUACGAGCGAACUUUGGAAAAGCUAAAUAAUAGGAAUCAUACAAAGAUCCGUGACAAAGCGUCGAUCAUCCCCCUGGUGGCCGGUCUGAGACGGGACGUGUUGAACCAAGUGUCCGAGGGAAUGGCGCUCGUGUGGGAAUCCUACAAGCUGGAUCCGUACGUCCAGAAACUGAGUGAAGUCGUCUUGCUGUUCCAAGAGAAGGUUGAAGACCUGCUAGCAGUAGAAGAGCAGAUAUCAGUAGACGCUCGUUCGCUGGAGACGUGUCCGUACUCCGCGCAGAGCCUCGCCGACAUCCUGAGUCGACUGCAGCGAGCCAUCGACGAUCUGUCAUUGCGCCAGUACAGUAAUCUGCAUCUGUGGGUGCAGCGACUCGACGAGGAGGUGGAGAAGAGCUUAGCCGCUCGCCUGCAAGCUGGAGUAGAGGCGUGGACGAUGGCUCUGCUCGGGAAGGUCAACGAACUCGAUCUGUCCAUGGACACGUACUCGCCAGCUGAGCCCACGCACAAGCCGGGAGGUGAACCGCAGAUCGCGCGUGUGGUCCACGAAGUGCGCAUCACGAACCAGCAGAUGUAUCUGUUCCCGUCCCUAGAGGAGGCUCGCUUCCAACUCAUGAGGCAGAUGUUCGCCUGGCAGGCUGUGGUCACCAGCCAGCAACGACUGCAGAGUACCAGAUACCAAGUGGGCGUUUCUCGUGCCCAACCAGCAACGUACCGCAACUUGCUGACCAAAUUGCCGGGCGGCAGUGCGCCGCUGGAGAGCGCCUACGACGCGAUCGAGCAGAAGAUAUCGCAGGUGCGCGAGUACGUCGACGAGUGGCUGCGCUACCAAGCGUUGUGGGAUCUUCAGCCAGAGAGCUUAUACGGGCGUCUCGGUGAGGACAUCACCUUGUGGAUCAAAUGCCUGAAUGACAUCAAAAAAUCGCGCACGACAUUCGACACAUCGGACACCCGUCGUGAAUACGGCCCCGUUGUCAUCGACUUCGCCCGCGUGCAGAGCAAAGUGGCGCUGAAGUACGACGCGUGGCACAAGGAAGUGCUGGGCAAGUUCGGCGCGCUGCUCGGCGGAGAGAUGGUCACCUUCCACUCGCAGCUCGCCAAGUCGCGCAGCCAGCUCGAGCAACAAACUAUCGAAGCGGCAUCUACUAGCGACGCCGUAUCUCUCAUCACUUACGUGCAACAGCUGAAGAGAGAAGUCUUGGCGUGGGAAAAGCAAGUCGAUAUCUACAGAGAGGCCCAGCGCAUUUUGGAAAGACAGAGAUUCCAGUUUCCAGCGCAAUGGUUGCAUGUUGACAAUAUCGAAGGAGAAUGGAGCGCUUUCAACGAAAUCAUGCGCAGAAAAGACUCUUCCAUCCAGACUCAGGUCGCAUCCCUACAACAGAAGAUCGUAGCGGAAGACAAAGCCGUGGAGGCGCGCACGCUGGAGUUCCUCGGGGAGUGGGAGCGCAGCAAGCCCACGCACGGCUCCACGCGGCCCGAGGACGCGCUGGCGCGGCUGCAGGCCAUGGAGACCCGCUACACCAGGCUCAAGGACGAGCGCGACAACGUGGCCAAGGCCAAGGAGGCGCUGGAGCUCCAUCACACUGGAACCUCGGUGAACGACGAGCGCAUGACUGUUGCACUAGAGGAACUACAAGACUUACGCGGCGUCUGGUCUUCCCUCAGCAAAAUCUGGUCGCAAAUCGAUGACAUCAGGGAGAAGCCUUGGCUGUCGGUGCAGCCUAGGAAACUAAGGCAACAACUGGAAGCCAUGCUGAAUGAACUGAAAGAACUGCCUGCUCGUCUCCGCAUGUACGACAGCUACGAAUUUGUCCGCAAACUACUACAAUCAUACACGAAGGUGAACAUGUUGAUAGUGGAGCUGAAGUCGGACGCAUUGAAGGAGCGCCACUGGCGCCAACUGUGCCGCGCGCUCAAAGUGGACUGGUCGUUGUCUGAGCUGACGCUGGGGCAAGUGUGGGACGCGGACCUGUUACACAACGAACACACGGUCAAGGAUGUUGUCUCUGUUGCUCAGGGAGAGAUGGCGCUCGAGGAGUUCUUGAAGCAGGUUCGCGAGUCCUGGCAGAGCUACGAGUUAGACCUGAUAAACUACCAGAACAAGUGCAAGAUCAUCCGCGGCUGGGAUGACCUCUUUAACAAGGUCAAGGAGCACAUCAACAGUGUCGCCGCCAUGAAACUAUCUCCUUACUACAAGGUCUUUGAAGAAGAAGCGUUAACUUGGGAGGAAAAACUGAACCGCAUCAACGCAUUGUUUGAUGUCUGGAUAGACGUGCAACGACGAUGGGUGUAUCUGGAAGGAAUCUUCAGUGGCUCAGCUGAUAUCAAGACUCUAUUGCCGGUGGAAACCAGCCGCUUCCAGAGUAUUAGCUCUGAAUUCCUCGGACUAAUGAAGAAAGUGAGCAAGUCCCCGAUGGUGAUGGACGUGCUGAACAUCCAGGGCGUGCAGCGCGCGCUGGAGAGGCUCGCGGACUUGCUCGGCAAGAUACAGAAGGCGCUCGGGGAAUACCUCGAGAGGGAGAGAAGCAGCUUCCCCAGAUUCUACUUCGUGGGAGAUGAAGACCUGUUGGAGAUAAUCGGCAACAGCAAGAACAUCGCGCGGCUGCAGAAACACUUCAAGAAGAUGUUUGCCGGCGUCGCCGCCAUCAUCCUCAACGAGGACAACACUGUCAUCAACGGCAUCGCUUCCAGGGAAGGCGAGGAGGUGUACUUCAUGUCGCCGGUGUCGACCAUAGAGAACCCCAAGAUCAACUCGUGGCUGUCAAUGGUGGAGCGUGAGAUGCGCGUGACGCUGGCGUGCCGGCUCAAGGACGCGGUGGGCGAUGUCAAACAGUUCAAGGAUGGCAACGUCGACCCGCAGAAGUUUAUCGACUGGUGUGACAAGUAUCAAGCCCAAAUCGUAGUGCUAGCUGCUCAGAUCCUCUGGUCGGAAGACGUAGAAGCAGCGCUGGGCAGCGGCGGCGGGGACGGGCUCAAGCGAGUGCUGGCUCAUGUGGAGAACAUGCUCAACAUCCUGGCUGACUCCGUGCUGCAGGAACAGCCGCCGCUGAGGAGGCGGAAGCUGGAGCAUUUGAUCAACGAGUUCGUCCACAAGCGUACAGUGACGCGUCGUCUCAUCGCUUCGGACGUGAACAGUCCACGCUCCUUCGAGUGGCUCUGCGAAAUGAGAUUCUACUUUGACCCCAGGAACAAUGAUGUCCUGCAACAGCUGACGAUCCACAUGGCGAACGCGAAGUUCCUGUACGGGUUCGAGUACCUGGGCGUGCAGGACCGGCUGGUGCAGACGCCGCUCACCGACCGCUGCUACCUCACCAUGACGCAGGCGCUCGAGGCCCGCCUCGGGGGCUCUCCGUUCGGACCCGCUGGCACGGGUAAAACCGAGUCUGUGAAAGCGCUGGGCAACCAACUGGGCAGAUUCGUGCUGGUGUUCAACUGCGACGAGACCUUCGACUUCCAGGCCAUGGGCCGUAUCUUCGUUGGUCUUUGUCAGGUGGGCGCAUGGGGCUGCUUCGACGAGUUCAAUCGUCUGGAAGAACGCAUGUUGUCGGCCGUGUCGCAACAGGUGCAGACCAUUCAGGAGGCGCUCAAGAGCCAUCAGGAGGGAGACAACUCCAAUACUAGCAAAUCCAUCACCGUGGAGUUAGUAGGCAAGCAGGUCCGCGUGUCUCAAGACAUGGCGAUCUUCAUCACCAUGAACCCUGGCUACGCCGGCCGCUCCAAUCUGCCCGACAAUCUCAAGAAGCUGUUCCGAAGUUUGGCCAUGACGACUCCUGACAGACAGCUCAUUGCCGAGGUCAUGCUGUUCAGUCAAGGAUUCAGGACUGCUGAAAAGCUAGCCUGCAAGAUUGUGCCCUUCUUCAAAUUAUGCGACGAACAACUGUCCAACCAGUCUCACUACGACUUUGGACUCCGAGCGCUCAAAUCUGUGCUCGUGUCCGCUGGUAACGUCAAGCGCGACCGCAUACAGAAAAUCAAGGAGAAUUUGAUCGAGCGUGGGACAGAAGUGCCGGAUGAGGCGUCCAUAGCGGAAUCUUUGCCGGAACAAGACAUAUUGAUUCAGUCUGUGUGCGAGACUAUGGUCCCCAAACUGGUGGCCGAGGAUAUCCCGCUUCUGUUUUCGCUGCUUAACGAUGUGUUCCCCAACGUUGGAUACACUAGAGCCGAGAUGACCGGUUUAAAGAACGAGAUUCGUGCCGUUUGCGCUGAAGAAUUCCUCGUUUGCGGUGAAGGCGACGAGCAGGGCUCCACUUGGAUGGACAAGAGGCGCAGCGCGGCGUCGCGCGCGCAGCACAGCACGUGGAUCGAGAAGGUCCUCCAACUAUACCAGAUCUGCAAACUGAACCACGGUCUUAUGAUGGUGGGCCCGUCCGGCAGCGGCAAAUCUACCGCUUGGCGGGUACUUCUCAAGGCUUUAGAGAGAUACGAAGGCGUGGAAGGAGUGGCCCACGUGAUCGACCCGAAGGCGAUGUCGAAAGAAACUCUGUAUGGUGUUCUUGACCCCAACACUAGGGAAUGGACUGACGGUCUCUUUACUCAUAUUCUGAGAAAAAUAAUCGACAACGUUCGCGGUGAGAUCAACAAACGCCAGUGGAUCAUCUUCGAUGGAGACGUGGAUCCAGAGUGGGUGGAGAAUUUGAACUCUGUAUUGGACGACAACAAACUGCUGACUCUGCCCAACGGCGAGCGGCUGUCGCUGCCGCCCAACGUGCGGGUCAUGUUUGAGGUGCAAGAUCUGAAAUACGCGACGUUAGCCACGGUGUCGCGUUGCGGUAUGGUGUGGUUCUCACAAGACGUGCUUACCACGGAGAUGAUCUUCGAGAACUAUCUCAUGAGACUAAGAAACAUCCCGCUUGAAGACGGCGAAGAAGAUUCGUUCAGCAUCGUCAUGGCUGCUCCCACUGCCGGCGGCGAUCAAAAUGCCGUCGAGAACAUUUUAUCGCCAGCUUUACAAACUCAACGCGACGUGGCUGCGAUCCUUCAGCCUCUGUUCUUCGGCGACGGACUGGUAGUGAAAUGUCUCGAGCGCGCUGUAUCGCUCGAUCACAUCAUGGACUUCACGAGACACAGAGCGUUGUCUUCUCUGCAUUCCAUGCUGAACCGCGGCGUCAGGAACAUCCUGGCCUACAACCGGCAGCACCCCGACUUCCCCAUCACGAGCGAUCAGCUGGAGGCCUACGUGCCUAAGUGGCUGGUCUACUCUCUGCUGUGGUCCUUCGCUGGGGACGCCAAACUUAAGGAUCGUAACGAGCUGGGCGAUUUCAUUAGAUCUGCCAGUACCAUGCCGCUGCCUAACUGCGGAGCAAAUCAGCAUAUCAUCGAUUUCGAGGUAUCAAUAACCGGCGAUUGGGUUCCGUGGUCGGCCAAGGUACCUCAGAUCGAGGUGGAGACCCACAAAGUGGCCGCCCCUGAUGUGGUAGUUCCAACUCUGGACACCGUGCGCCAUGAGGCGCUGCUAUACACGUGGCUAGCGGAACACAAACCGCUAGUACUGUGCGGCCCGCCCGGUUCAGGCAAGACCAUGACCCUAUUCUCCGCCCUCCGAGCGCUGCCGGACAUGGAGGUGGUGGGGCUGAACUUCUCGUCGGCCACCACUCCUGAGCUCCUGUUGAAGACCUUCGACCACUACUGCGAGUAUAGGAAGACGCCCAAUGGCGUUGUGCUGGCCCCUGUACAACUGGGCAAAUGGUUAGUGCUAUUCUGCGACGAGAUCAACUUACCGGACAUGGACCAGUACGGCACGCAACGCGUCAUUUCCUUCUUGAGGCAACUUCUUGAACACAAAGGAUUCUAUAGGGCCAGUGAUCACUCGUGGGUACACCUGGAGCGCAUCCAGUUCGUGGGCGCGUGUAAUCCGCCCACAGACCCCGGGCGGAAGCCGCUGUCUCACCGACUGCUGCGGCACGUGCCAGUCAUCUACGUCGACUACCCCGGAGAGACAUCGUUGGAACAGAUCUAUGGUACCUUCACCCGCGCCAUGCUGCGUAUGCAGCCCGCCCUCCGCGGCUACGCUGAGCCGCUGACGCAGGCGAUGGUGAAGCUGUACCUCGCAUCCCAGGAACGGUUCACACAGGACAUGCAGCCGCACUACGUGUACUCUCCUAGGGAGAUGACCAGAUGGGUGCGAGGAAUCUGCGAGGCCAUACGGCCACUGGACAAUCUAUCUGUAGAGGGCCUGGUCCGUCUAUGGGCACAUGAAGCCCUGCGUCUAUUCCAGGACAGAUUAGUAGAGGACUCCGAGAGACAGUGGACCGAUGAGAAUAUCGACAAUGUUGCUAUGAUGUUCUUCCCUGGUAUCAAUAGAGAACAAGCGCUAGGUCGACCAAUCCUCUACAGCAACUGGUUAAGCAAGGAUUAUAUUCCUGUCCAAAGAGACCAACUACGUGAAUACGUGAAAGCUCGACUCAAGGUGUUCUACGAAGAAGAGCUGGAUGUGCCUCUAGUUCUAUUCGACGAGGUUCUAGACCACGUAUUGCGUAUCGACAGAAUCUUCCGUCAGCCACAAGGCCACCUGCUGCUGAUCGGAGUAUCAGGCGCCGGCAAGACCACUCUCAGCCGCUUCGUGGCCUGGAUGAACGGCUUGAGCAUCUUCCAGAUAAAGGUGCACAACAAAUACACGGGCGCGGACUUCGACGAAGACCUACGCUCGGUGCUGCGGCGCGCCGGCUGUCGCGACGAGAAGGUGGCCUUCAUACUCGACGAGUCCAACGUGUUGGACAGCGGCUUCCUCGAGCGCAUGAACACUCUGCUUGCUAAUGGAGAGGUGCCCGGAUUAUUCGAGGGUGACGAAUUUGCCGCUCUCAUGACUCAAUGCAAAGAGGGAGCUCAAAGGGAAGGUCUGAUGCUGGAUUCCAACGACGAACUUUAUAAAUGGUUCACUGGCCAAGUGAUGCGAAACCUUCACGUGGUGUUCACCAUGAACCCUUCAUCUGAGGGUCUGAAGGACCGCGCGGCGACUUCUCCCGCGUUGUUCAAUCGUUGUGUGCUUAAUUGGUUUGGCGAUUGGAGUGAUGGGGCUCUUUUCCAGGUGGGCAAAGAGUUCACAAGUCGCAUGGACCUAGAAUGCGCGGACUACGUGCCUCCAGAACUAUUCCCAGCAGCUUGCGGUGAAGUGCCUGCACGUCCGGCGCACCGCGAGGCCGUGGUGAACGCGUGCGUGUACGUGCACCAGACGCUGCACCGCGCUAAUGCUCGACGGGCUAAGCGCGCCAACCGCACCAUGGCUAUCACUCCCAGGCACUACCUGGACUUCAUCCAGCAAAUGGUGAAGUUGUACGCGGAGAAGCGCGCGGACCUGGAGGAGCAGCAGCUGCACCUGAACGUGGGGCUCGGCAAGAUCGCGGAGACCGUGGAGCAGGUCGAGGAGAUGCAGAAGAGCCUCGCUGUCAAGUCUCAGGAACUACAAGCUAAGAACGAAGCGGCCAAUGCUAAACUACGUCAAAUGGUGAAAGACCAGCAGGAGGCAGAGAAGAAGAAAGUGGAAAGCCAAGAGAUUCAGGUGGCUUUGGAAAAACAAACGAAAGAAAUCGAGGCCAAACGCAGGGAUGUUAUGGCUGAUUUGGCUCAGGUGGAGCCCGCUGUCAUCGAGGCGCAAAACGCGGUCAAGUCGAUAAAGAAGCAACACCUAGUGGAGGUGCGGUCUAUGGGCAAUCCGCCGGCCAUCGUGAAGGUCGCACUGGAGUCCAUCUGCCUGCUACUUGGGGAGAACGCAACCGAUUGGAAGGCCAUUCGAGCCGUCAUCAUGCGGGAGAACUUCAUCAACAGCAUCGUCUCCAACUUCUCCACUGAGGACAUAACUGACGAUGUGCGAGAGAAAAUGAAGACUCGAUACCUGAGCAACCCUGAUUACAAUUUCGAGAAAGUAAACCGAGCCAGUAUGGCUUGUGGUCCUAUGGUCAAAUGGGCUAUCGCACAGAUCGAAUAUGCGGACAUGCUGAAACGCGUGGAGCCGCUGCGCAACGAACUGCAAGCGCUGGAAGACCAGGCGCAACACAACGUGAAGGCGGGCGACGAGGUGCGCGAACUCAUCGCGCAGUUGGAGAAGUCUAUCGCCUCCUAUAAGGAGGAGUAUGCCCAGCUCAUCAGCCAGGCACAGGCUAUCAAGACUGAUUUAGAGAAUGUGCAGGCUAAGGUGGACCGCUCCAUAGCCCUGCUGAAGAGCUUGGUGAUCGAGCGCGAGCGCUGGGAGUCCAGCUCCGAGACUUUCCGCUCUCAGAUGAGCACCAUAGUAGGGGACGUACUACUGUCCGCCGCUUUCAUCGCCUAUGGAGGGUACUUCGACCAGCAUUACCGUCAAAACCUGUUCUCGACGUGGACCGCCCACCUGGCGGCCGCCAACAUAAAGUUCCGCGCGGACAUCGCGCGCACGGAGUACCUCAGCAACCCGGACGAGCGGCUGCGCUGGCAAGCCAACGCUCUGCCCACCGACGAACUGUGUGUGGAAAACGCUAUCAUGCUACGGCGCUUCAACCGCUACCCGCUGAUCAUAGACCCGUCGGGCCAGGCCACGGAGUUCAUCAUGCGCGAGUUCAAGGAGCGCAAGAUCACCAAGACCUCCUUCCUGGACGACUCCUUCAGGAAGAACUUGGAGUCGGCGCUGCGGUUCGGCAACCCGUUGCUAGUCCAGGACGUGGAGAACUACGACCCGAUCCUGAACCCGGUGCUGAACCGCGAGCUGCGGCGCACGGGCGGCCGCGUGCUCAUCACGCUCGGCGACCAGGACAUCGACCUCAGCCCCUCCUUUGUCAUCUUCCUCAGCACCAGGGACCCGACAGUGGAGUUCCCCCCAGACAUGUGUUCGCGCGUGACAUUCGUCAACUUCACCGUUACGCGGUCGUCGCUGCAGUCGCAGUGUCUGCAUCGCGUGCUCAAAGCGGAGAGGCCCGACAUCGACACCAAACGCUCAGAUUUGCUCAAGCUGCAAGGUGAAUUCCACCUGCGCCUGCGUCAGCUGGAGAAGUCUCUGCUGCAAGCGCUCAACGACGCGAAGGGCAAGAUCCUGGACGACGACUCCGUGAUCGCCACGCUGGAGACCCUCAAGAAAGAGGCUGACGAUAUUGGACAAAAGGUUGAAGAAACUGACAAAGUUAUAGCGGAGAUUGAAACCGUCAGCCAGCAAUACUUGCCGCUGUCACAAGCCUGCAGCAGUAUCUACUUCACGAUGGAAUCGUUGAACCAAGUGCACUUCCUGUACCAGUACUCCCUCAAGAUGUUCCUGGACAUAUUCAGCUCGGUGCUGGUGUGCCCGCUGCUGAACGGCGUCACGGAUUACACCGCUAGGUUGAAGACUAUCACUGAAGAGUUGUUUACGGCGGUGUACGAGCGCGUGGCCCGCGGCAUGCUGCACACGGACCGGCUGACGUUCGCGCUGCUGCUGUGCCGCAUCCAGCUGAAGGGCGUGGGCGCGGAGGACAACCUCGACCGCUCGUUCGCGGUGUUCCUCGCCGGCAAGGACGGCUACGUGGCCGCCGCGCAGCCCGCCGACCAGCUCACGCCGCACCAACACGACGCCGCCGCCAGGCUGGCCACUAGAGUGCCGGCGUUCCGACGGCUGCUGCAGAAAGCCACGGAGCUGCCGGAGCUGGCGGCGUGGCUGGCGCAGGCGGCGCCGGAGCAGUGCGUGCCCACGCUGUGGGACUGCGACGCCGCCGCGCCGCCGCAGCCGCCCACCGCUGCCAUGUACCGCUUGCUGCUCAUACAGGCGUUCCGUCCUGACCGCGUGAUCGCCGCCGCCACGCAGCUGGUGUCGGCCGUGCUGGGCCCCACCUUCAUGUCCAAAGCCGAGACGGAGUUGGACCUCACCUCCAUCACGGAACACCAACUAAAUGCCACCACACCGGCGCUGCUGUGCUCCGUGCCUGGAUACGACGCCAGCGGUCGAGUGGACGACAUGGCUACAGACCUGAACAAGCCGCUGUCGAGCAUCGCCAUCGGAUCCGCCGAAGGAUUCAACCAGGCCGAGCGAGCCAUCAACUCUGCUUGCAAAUCUGGACGCUGGGUGAUGCUGAAGAACGUGCACCUAGCGCCCGUGUGGCUGGUGCAGCUGGAGAAGAAGCUGCACUCGCUGCAGCCGCACCCCAACUUCCGCCUCUUCCUCACCACGGAGAUCAGCCCCAAGCUGCCGGUGAACCUUCUCCGCGCGGGCCGCGUGUUAGUGUUCGAGCCUCCUCCCGGCAUCCGCGCCAAUCUGCUGCGGACCUUCGCUACAGUGCCGGCGGCGCGCAUGAUGAAGCCUCCGUCUGAGCGCGCCAGGCUGUACUUCCUGCUCGCUUGGUUCCACGGUAUCGUCCAGGAGCGGCUGCGCUACGUGCCGCUGGGCUGGGCCAAGUACUACGAGUUCAACGAGUCGGACCUGCGCGUCGCCUGCGACACGUUGGACACUUGGAUCGAUGCCACCGCUAUGGGCCGCACCAACCUGCCUCCGGAGAAAGUCCCGUGGGAGGCGCUGGUGACGCUGCUGUCGCAGUGCAUCUACGGAGGGAAGAUCGACAACUUGUUCGACCAGCGGCUGCUGCACUCGUUCCUCUGCAAGCUGUUCACGCCCCGGUCCUUCGAGGCGGACUUCGCGCUUGUGGCUAAUGUGGACGGGGCGACAGGCAACCAGCGGCACAUCACGAUGCCGGACGGCAACCGCCGGGACCACUUCCUGAAGUGGAUCGAGGAGCUCUCCGACCGGCAGACGCCGUCCUGGCUGGGACUGCCCAACAAUGCUGAGAAGGUGCUGCUGACAACCCAAGGUAGCGACCUCGUGUCGAAGUUGCUGAAGAUGCAGCAGCUGGAGGAUGAAGAGGAACUCGCGUACAACGCCGCCUCCCAGGACGAUCCAAUGGCCAUUGUAGUUGAAGGCGACGGCAGACCAGCGUGGAUGAAGACUUUGCACCAAACCGCCUCCAACUGGCUGGAACUGCUGCCCAAAGAACUGCCGACGCUACGUCGUACGGUGGAGAACAUCAAAGAUCCUCUGUAUCGGUUCUUCGAACGCGAGGUGGCGGCCGGCGCGGCGUUGCUGCAACAAGUGUUGCACGAUCUCAGGAACGUCAUCUCUAUCUGCCAGGGCGAGAUGAAACAAACAAACGAGACGCGAGCUAUGGUGGGGUCCCUGGUGCGCGGUAUGCUGCCAGCAGUGUGGCGGCGGUACGCGGUCGCUCGCGGCUGCACCGUGCAGCAGUGGGUCAUUGACUUCGCGCAGAGAGUGGCCCAGCUGGCGACCGUGUCUGAUGCCGUGAGCCAGCGCGGCGCCAAGCGGCUGCAGAGUAUCCCUGUGUGGCUUGGCGGGCUGCUGAACCCCGAGGCCUACAUCACGGCCACGCGGCAGUGCGUCGCGCAGGCCAACUGUUGGUCACUCGAGGAGCUGCAUCUGCAGGUAACGAUCCCGGACUCCGGCACUGCGUCGGAGGUGUCGCAGCCGGAGUGGUCGUUCUCUGUGACGGGGCUGAAGCUGCAGGGCGCCACAGUCAAGGGCAACAGGUUACUUCUCACCAGCACUAUCAUGGUGGACCUGCCGCUCACCGUGCUCACGUGGAUACGCGGUCCGGAGCCGGCGACGGCGGGCCAGUCGCUGACGCUGCCGGUGUACCUGAACAGCGCGCGGUCGGAGCUGCUGUUCACAGUGCGGCUGCCGGUCGCGGCCGGCCAGGAGCCGCACGCCUUCUACGAGCGCGGCGUCGCGCUGCUCACCUCCACCGCGCUCAACUAGACCCGCUCCGAGGGGCUAUCGGCUACGAGAACGCACGCUACGACACUGUCUACGAAUAUUUAAAUAUUUGCUACGAAAAGAAAAUAACUACUAUGAAAACGCGAUCAGUGAAAUUGUACUCCGAAAAAUAAUGCAAUCUUAACACACUCCUUUGCUUCUCUUUACUAUAGAAAAGUUAAUAGUCGACGUUAUUUAGAUUAAAAUAUAGCUCAAUGAAUGAGUCCAUGUAUUCAAUUUUUGGUAUUUUAACGCGUUUAUUUAUUGUCAUUUAAUAUUGUGCUAAAAUCUCAAUGUGCUUUUAUUUAUUAUUUAUGAAAAUAUAAAUAUUGAAUAACA